UAUUUAUUGCCUGUCCUUCAUUGCUGUUGAAAAGAUGGUGAUAAACUUGUUGAACUGCUGAAGUCCAUGUGUUGUGGACCCACAAUGUUGAUUGGAAGAAGACUCCAGGACUUGGAUCCAUCGACCCUGAAGGAAUGUCUGAUAUUAUGCUGGUCUGGACUUGGAGGGAUUUUGUAGCUGUGAGUGGCCCCUUGUCCUCCUGGGAGAUAGAGAAAAAUGAACAGGAAACCCCAGGAACCCCAUCCAGGAGAAAGAUAUAAAUAGAAGGCAAGAGACAACAGCUUUGCUUCACUUGGAGGUCGCCACUGAUGAUGUUACCUAGCCAGCAGGUGGAAGAGGAAUGUUCUGUACAUCUGAUUGCCAAAGACUGACAGCGUGCUGGAUCAAAUUGAGCCAUGCCGGGGUAGAUGACAAGUACCUUUGAGGGGCUUUGGGCAACUUUCACCCAAGCCGUGCACUCAAGGGGAAGAGGACACCAAUCCAGUCCUGUGUUAAUGACGGUUUCUCAACGGUGGUGAUGGGACCAGCUUAUCCGUUGUUAACAUUGGUGCAGUCCACCGAAGGAGCAACGUUGUGGCCCUUUCAGUGCGGCCAAGAGUAUGGGAAGAUUCGAAACUGGAGACCUAUUUAAACUGUGAAGAAGGAAGACCAUCCAACUUUGCCAAAACGUUCAAUAUCACUUUGUAAUUGACUGGCCGAUUCCCAACACAGCAUGGCGCCAGCUGACUUGAGGAAGAAAAGCUGGAACUAGUAGGCAGACCUUUUCCAUCUUCCAAGUCUUCGAGCUGUUGUCAGUGCUCAGCCUCCUGCUGCACGUCCCUUUGAGAAGGGUGCUGGAAACUCUCAAUACUGCUGCUGAGCAUUUCAGGUCUACAUUCGCCUGUUUGGGAGACUCAUCUGUGCACGGUUAUUCUGAGAUCAGUCCAGUGCAUGGUGCCACCGUGGUUCCAGACCUGAAGAUGGAAGAUGCACGAGUUAUGGAUAUGGUGUUGAACACAGUGAGCCCUGAACCCCUGCAGCCUGCUGUUCCGCUCUCGGUAACGCUGGGACUGACCAUUGUCUACACUGCACUUUAUGGACUCCUCUUCCUCCUUAUCUACAUCCAGCUCUGGCUGGUGCUGCAUUACAGGCACAAGAAGUUCAGCUACCAGACUGUCUUUCUCUUCCUGUGUCUCCUGUGGGCUGCUCUGAGGACUACCCUCUUCUCAUUUUACUUCCGAGACACCAUCAAAGCCAACACCCUGGGCCCUUUUUCCUUCUGGCUGCUCUACUGCUUCCCGGUCUGCCUGCAGUUCUUCACCCUCAGUCUCAUGAAUAUGUACUUUGCUCAGGUAGUCUUCAAGACGAAAGCAAAAUAUUUCCCCGAGAUGGCCAAAAAGCUACUUCCCAUCCGAUUGGUUUUCCUAAUUGCCAGCUUGCUGUUUCUGACGGUGAAUUUGACCUGUGCCUUGCUGGUGAAGAUUCAGCACGUGGAGACCAAGACCAUCGUCCUGGUGCGGGUCAUCAUCAACGACUCCCUCUUCGUCGCCUGCGCCAUCACACUGGCAGUCUGCCUCUACGUCAUUGCCAAGACAUCGCCUUCCACCAGCAUCUACCUGGAAUCCAAGGGGACGUCGGUGUGUCAGACCACAGCUGUGGGAGCACUGGUGUUCUUUCUGUAUGCCAGCCGGGCCUGUUAUAACCUAGUCGCUGUGAUGUGUUCACCAGAUUCGCACGACUCUUUUGAUUAUGGCUGGUACAACGUUUCUGACCAGGCUGAUCUGAUGUCGAAUCUCGGGGACAAAGGUUACCUUGUGUUUGGUUGCAUCCUGUUUUUUUGGGAGCUGCUGCCCACAGCCCUGCUGGUGUUGUUUUUCAGAGUUCGCCGACCAGCUCAGGAUCUGGCUGGGACUGGGAUAAUUAAUGGCCAGAGCUUUGCUUCCCGUUCAUAUUUCUUUGACAACCCUCGUCAGUUUGAAGGCGAUGACUGUCCCUGGGCAGUGGGGUCACAGAGCGAGCAGGACAGUUUAUCCAACAGUCUCCAGCGUAACGGCUGGUAUGGCACCGACAGGGGUAACGUUGAACCAGCCUGGUAUGAGGGGGUGUCCCAAAAUACCACUGCACCUUUACUCUUUGCCAGAGACCACAUGCAAGGCAGCAGCUACUACCACACGUUCUACUCCACUCCGCAAACGUAGACUUUCCAGCAUUCCAAUGGGACACUCCGAUUCAAUGAGCAGCUUGCUUUUUUUGUGUAUCAAUGUUGUAAAACUACCCAUCACUUGGAGGAAGCAGGCAGCAGGGACUGCUGACGGAAUCGAAGCUAGUUAGCCAAACGUGCAUCUUUAAACUGAUGUUGGCACCGUACCAAGCAGAUGCAAUAACUCAUGGACGUCCCUUUCGGAAGCUUAUCUUUGCCUUCCUGCUCGACAGCGGCGGUCGGUUGCUGAAGUAAGAACCGUGCGUACAGCCCAUGGCCAAAUCUAGAGGCGGUUUCCUAUCUGACAGGAUUGUUCAGCUACACUCCUCAUUCUCCAAACCAGAGGCCCGCAUCAGUUCCCGGUGUACCCUAAUCACUGGUCAUUCUACGUGUGAGAGUUUAACUAUCGAGGGUGAAAGUGGGCACAAGCAGAAUCGACAUUUCCUCCUGCCCUCUAGUGUGGCCACUUCAACAUGGGAAAGAGGUCACUUGGCCGGUCCUGUCUGUGGCAGCUCUUCAUUGAGCAUCGGUACCAUUCUCCUGUUGUCUUCCUAUAACUCCGCAAAAGUUUCAUUCCAAACAAUUAAUCAGUUCCCUUUCUUCUGCCUUGAUAGAACCUGUUUCCAUCACACACUAAAGCAGUGCAUUCCAGACCCUAAUCACCCGUUAUGUGGAAUGUUUUCUCCUGAUUGCGUUUUGUUUUGCUUCCUUUACUAAUUAUCCCAAACCUGUGCUUGACCCUUUCACGAGUGGGAGCCUUUUCCCCUUGUUUACUCUUUGCUCAUGAAUACUGUAAUCAGAUCUCCCCUCAGCCUUCCUGUUUAGUGAGAUGCUGGUGUUGGACUGGGGUGGGCAGAGUUGAGAAUCUCACAACACCAGGUUAUAGUCCAACAGAUUUAUUUGGUAGCUAGCUAACUGGUGAAGGGGCAGCGCUCCGAAAGCUUGUACUUCCAAAUAAUCCUGUUGGACUAUAACCUGGUGUUGUGCGAUUUUUAACUAUCUUUUCAAUGAGAACAGUCCCAGCUUUCUGUGCUGUACUAUGUUCGCCAAUCUAUCUUCACUGAAGUUCCUCAUCCCUGAAAGCAUUCUUGUAAAUGUCUCCUUCACUUCCUCCAGUGCCUUCACGUCCUUCCUAUACAGAGGGUAUACAAGCUGAGGCCUUACCUAGUGUCUCAUACUUUAAGGUGAUUCUGUUGGUGUCAGUGGAGCUGAAUGACUGGGGAGGUGUUUAACGGGCACGUCUUGCAUCCUGGCCUGUGCCCAGUUUCACACGCUGCGGUUUGCGAUCGUCCUCUGUGGAUGCUGUCCUGAAGUUGAUCGAGAAGCCGCAGGGUUUGUCUGGCAGGUCUUGGUUCAAGUUAGGGUAACCUGUGUGCUUAGGUGAACUUUUCACCUAAAAUACUCAGGACCAAAACAUAGUGAGCUCACUGUACCACAUGAUUGGGACAUGAGAGGCUGGGGCAAGUUAGGUGAAUCAACUAAGUGGGGUUCUGGCCUGUAAUGGUUCGAUUUGUUCACCGUUUUGCAAGAUUUAAUGAUUUUAUGGAGAUAUAUAUUGCAGCUAGAUCUGAUACUGUCCUUGCCUGCUCCCCUGUGCCUGGUUUUCUUUGUAGCUGGAGUGGCUGGAUUAGAAAGUGGCACCAAGACCUUGAUGGGUCUUGUCUUCCCCAUCUUGUAGUGUAGAGAUGCUGGGAGUAAUUGCGUCAUCAUCCAGCUCUGCUGAAACCAGUAAGACCAACGACUGGCCCAGGGUCUUUGUGUGCUGGGUGGGGCUUGCUGCCAUGUUCAACCACCAAGGCUCACAGCGGACUCCGACACAAAGACAGGUGAAGAGGAGCCUUGAUAUUCCAGCCACGUGAGUCUUCUUGAAGCUGUUUGACCCUCUUCAAAUCCAAUCACAUAUUUGCCUGUUUACUUAUGUACAGGAUAUAACAAAAUACAGGUACACAAAUCUUUGAUCCGAAAUCCUUGGGGCCAGUUGUUUCUCGGAUUUCGGAAUAAAAGAUAUUUUCACCGUGAAAUUUAAAAAAAAAACCUACCAGCAGACACACGUGUGAAAAGUGCGAGCGCUGAGACACAAUUGAAGCCAGCCAACGGUGGGCCACACGUCACGUCACAUCUGAGUGACAUGGUUAGAGUGGGUGUGGAGUUGGCUCACCUGUUCGCACAUCAAAAUGACACUCCACACGCCAAGGGAAAAAAAAGUUGGAUUUCGGAGCUUUUCAGAUUUUGGAAUUUCGGAUAAAGGAUCGUGUAUCUGUAGUCCAGGUUUAACAGAUACAGUGGGAGGUAUCCUGACAAGUAAUAUCAUUGUCGAUGAGUGCCCUCAGUACAAUAUAGAUAUAUUUUCUAUGUUUUCCUGUACACUGUGGAACAAGACUAGUAACUUAUGUUAAUGUCUGUAAACAAAUCUGUCUGAAGUUUGCACUGUUUUUUUGUUCCCCUCCCCAUUUGCACUUUUCAAGGCUCUAACCUGAAUGAAAAGUGAGAUGAUACAUUGUUAUGCAAAGCUUUUUACCCCUGUCUUUCUGGUUCCCUCUAUGUUGGGGGCAAGCAGUUGAUGUGUUUUUUUUCUCACCCAGAAUUGGUGGCAAUUUAACUUCAAGGCUGCCCCACACCAAUCCACCUGCCUUCUUUGCAUCCCCCUGACUGUGGUAACUGAUGCUCCUGGAGCGGGGGGAAUAGUCCAUUUGGGAAUUGGGUCCUCUUCAGCUAUCUCACCCAAGUUCCUUGUGCUUUACGUGCGGUGGGAUUGGCUGGACAGCAGUUAGGGAUCGGACGCUAGCUGCUUUGUAUUUCCCCGGCCCAGUUACUGUCUAGACUGGUCCAAUACCUUCGUACAGAUGGAGCAUUUCCGUUCUGUGUGUGAUCUGUGCCUUCACCUGCUGUAGUCCCAGAAAGUGCACGGAGACUGCAACCAGAUAUGCAAGAGGAAUUAAUGUAGAUUAAUUAACUAAUUUUUAUAAAUGGAUGUUAAUCUCGUUCCCAGUCACCCCAUAGUUUUUUAUAUCUGUAGUCCUAUAUUGGCACAGCUGAAAUGGGAAGCUUUAUCUUGGUGGGAUCCAUGGAAGAUGUGGCUAGGCACUUGUGACUACUCCACUAUGGUGCAGUGAGUUGGGAGUGAGGCACUGAUUAUACUGUGUUUCGAUAUUUUAUAUCUGACGACGCGUAAUGCAACCUUUCUCAAUAAGCGCCUUAGUGACCUAUCCGAGUGCGGUUUAUUUUUUAAUUUGUACUGAUUACUGUAAUCUAACUCCUGGAAGGUAUUUUAAUAAAGAUUACUUCCUGUCGAUAGUAA